UCAGUACUCAGUGCAUACAGUGCCGUCUACUGAUCUUCGAGAAAGGGAAAAAUAAGGGAGAUGAGAUAUCGAUCAUAUCUGUCUGCAACUUACCCGUCCUUGUAUAUAUAUCUAACCUGAGGAGCUUCCUUCCUGACAUCCUCAUUGCAGACCUACUAUGCUCUGGGGAUGUUAGGGAGAUAUAUAUGUCAGGAAAGGAGAAGAAACUCCAGCUUCUGCGCUCCGUUACAAACUCGAAUGCGGCAAACAAGACGUCAAUCCUGGUAGAUGCGUCGAAAUACAUCAAGGAGCUCAAGGACAAGGUUGAAGAAGCAGCCGCUGCUUCAUCGGCAGCUGACACUGACAGUAGCAGCUCCAGUAGUUCUGGCAGCGCCAUGGCAGCUGCAACAGUGAGCGUCUCAUCAGUGGAUCUGGAUAACAGCAACAGUAGCUGCAGGAGAGGAUUCCGGAUCAACGUGUCGAUGGAGACGACCCGGCCUGGGCUGCUGGUGUCCGUCCUGGAGGCUUUUGAGGACCUCGGCCUCGACGUCCUGGACGCCGACGUCUCCUGCGCCGACGACACCGCCUUCCGCCUCCAGGCGCUCGGAUCAGGUCAGGGCCAGCAGCAGGGUGGAGGAAGUGGAAGCGUGGAUGAGCAAAAGGUUCGCCAAGCGGUGUUGCAGGCCAUCAGCAAAUGCAUGAACGAUGAUGACGAUGAGUAACAGAUUGCUUAUCGGUUGCAUUGCAUACAGAGGAGCAUGAAAGAAUAAUCCUGAACUUUGCCAUUAUUGGUCCUUGGAGCGCAAGCUGCUUGGCCAAGGAAUAAUUCGUCAAGUUAAAAAUAUAGUUUUCUGUCGUUCCUCAGCAUGGUUAAUUUCACAACGGACGCUACUAGCUACUUCAAGUGGUCUUGUUACUUUGUAAUAGCAUUUUCUAUCCAAAUAAAAGAAGGUAACUAAGGGACAAGCAAA